AUGGAUGGAAGGACUGGAAAAGAAAUUGAAGUAAUCGCAGUGUUUGGUCAACCACUAGCGGCCAUCCACAGGCGAUCCGGCUUGUGUCUCCCACGGACUAUUCUGGAGGUACUGCGUUAUCUUCGCCAGAUGUCAGCGGAUACUGUUGGUAUCUUUCGGAAGAAUGGCGUUAAGUCACGAAUUCUCGAGCUACGAACCAUUUGUGAUCGUGAUACUGACGUGGACGUAUUCAUCGAUGAGAAUCGACUUGAUCCUGGACAGGUACAUGAUGUAGCCGAUAUGUUGAAGCAGUACUUGAGGGAGUUACCAGAGCCGCUGAUGACCGCAAGGCUAUCGGAAACAUUUGCCAAUAUUUUCAUACACGUGCCUGAGAAUGAAAGAAUGCUCGCGCUCCAGUAUGCGAUUCUUCUGCUCCCUGAUGAGAAUCGUGAAGCGCUUCAAACAUUGCUAUUGUUCCUGAGUGAUGUGUCAAAGCAUGCAGAAAAUAACAGUGUAGGUUCACUGGACUAUUUUCCUGUCAAAUCAGUUUAG